GAAAUGAGUCUGCGACUGAGAAGUGCGACGCUGCUGCAAAGUGCAAGCGGAUUUGGUCUUCUUCUUUACUCCCAAUCAUUUCUCUGUAAUCUCCUAUCUCAUUGUCGUAUCGAAUUUCAAGUGCAAGGAUAAGUGUGUUAUCUAUCUAAAAACACAAGAUGUCAGCUGGGCCUGGACUUGAAUCUCUAGUAGAUCAGACAAUUUCAGUCAUUACAAAUGAUGGACGAAAUAUAGUGGGAGUCCUGAAAGGUUUUGACCAGGCAACAAAUAUUAUUCUUGAUGAGUCCCAUGAACGGGUUUAUUCUACAAAGGAAGGUGUGCAACAACUUGUUCUUGGUUUGUACAUCAUCAGGGGUGACAAUAUAAGUGUUGUUGGUGAACUGGAUGAAGAACUAGAUUCUAGUCUGGAUUUGUCAAAACUCAGAGCUCAUCCUUUGAAACCUGUUAUCCAUUGAAGUGAAAUACUAUGUGCCGGAUUUAAUGAAUGUAUGCCUACUUGGUGGAAACAGUCUUAGAUUUGCGGCAUUGUAUACUAGAGUACGUUGUGAAACUCUAUAAGAAUAUGCAGACAGCAUAAUAUUUCUAAUAUUCUGAUUCUGUUAGCAUGUAAGUCUUGUCAAACAAACAAAUUCUGAGACUAUUUGAUGUGAAAAAACUAUCUUCUAUUUGGCCAUUGUUUUACAUAUAGAUAUUUCUUUCA